AUGUCUCUCAGCGGAGCCUCGGAGCGCAACGUCCCGGCCACCAAGAUUGAAAUUACUGUGUCGUGCCGAAAUCUGCUAGACCUGGACACCUUCUCCAAGUCGGACCCCAUGGUGGUGCUUCACACGCAGAGCCGGGCCAGCCAGGAGUGGCGGGAGUUCGGACGAACGGAGGUGAUUGACAACACUCUGAACCCAGACUUCGUGCGCAAAUUCGUCCUCGACUAUUUCUUUGAAGAAAAGCAGAAUCUCCGCUUCGAUGUGUACAACGUUGACUCCAAAGCCAACAUCUCCAAACCGAAGGAUUUCUUGGGACAAGCGUUUCUGGCCCUCGGAGAAGUGAUUGGAGGCCAGGGCAGUCGAGUGGAACGACCUCUUACGGGUGUGCCGGGCAAGAAGUGUGGAACCAUACUGCUGACUGCUGAAGAGCUCAGCAACUGUCGGGACAUUGCAACCAUGCAACUGUGUGCAAACAAGCUGGACAAAAAGGACUUCUUUGGGAAGUCAGACCCUUUCCUUGUGUUCUACAGAAGCAACGAGGAUGGCACGUUCACCAUCUGCCACAAGACAGAGGUUGUGAAAAAUACACUGAACCCAGUAUGGCAGCCCUUCAGCAUCCCUGUGCGGGCACUCUGCAAUGGAGACUAUGACAGGACAGUGAAGAUUGACGUAUAUGACUGGGACCGAGAUGGAAGCCAUGAUUUCAUCGGCGAGUUCACAACCAGCUACCGGGAGUUGAGCAAAGCCCAGAAUCAGUUCACAGUGUAUGAGGUACUUAACCCUCGGAAGAAAUGCAAGAAGAAGAAAUAUACCAACUCGGGGACCGUGACACUCCUUUCCUUCUCUGUGGACUCAGAAUUCACUUUUGUGGAUUAUAUCAAAGGAGGGACACAGUUGAACUUCACAGUAGCUAUUGACUUCACUGCUUCCAAUGGGAACCCCCUGCAGCCCACCUCACUACACUACAUGAGUCCCUACCAGCUCAGCGCCUAUGCCAUGGCCCUCAAGGCAGUGGGAGAGAUCAUUCAGGACUACGACAGUGACAAGCUCUUCCCAGCCUAUGGCUUUGGAGCCAAGCUGCCCCCAGAGGGGCGGAUCUCUCACCAGUUCCCCCUGAACAACAAUGAUGAGGACCCCAACUGCGCAGGUAUUGAGGGCGUGCUGGAGAGUUACUUCCAGAGUCUGCGCACAGUGCAGCUCUAUGGGCCCACCUACUUCGCUCCUGUCAUCAACCAGGUGGCCAGGGCUGCAGCCAAGAUUUCAGAUGGCUCCCAGUACUACGUUCUGCUCAUUAUCACUGAUGGCGUCAUCUCCGAUAUGACACAGACCAAAGAGGCCAUUGUCAGUGCCUCCUCACUGCCCAUGUCUAUCAUUAUUGUCGGCGUUGGACCUGCUAUGUUUGAGGCAAUGGAAGAACUGGACGGUGAUGAUGUACGUGUGUCCUCCAGGGGACGCUAUGCAGAGCGGGACAUCGUUCAGUUUGUUCCCUUCCGAGAUUAUGUGGACCGAUCGGGGAACCAGGUGCUGAGCAUGGCACGACUGGCCAAGGAUGUGCUGGCUGAGAUUCCUGAGCAGCUGCUGUCCUACAUGCGCACCAGAGAUAUCCAGCCACGGCCUCCACCCCCGGCCAACCCCAGCACAGCCUCAGCCCCAGAGCAGCCCUGA